AUGCCAGUCCCGCUACUAGAUGCUUCUAUUCGCGCUCAGCUAGCGCUACACCCUGGACCCGGCCAUCCCGACGGAGCACACACCGAACAGCAGCUUCUGUGUCGUGUUUGCGCGGCGGUCACUCUUGACCUCAGCUUAAUCCGACAUCCGAUACAGCCGUGUCCGACAAGAGACGACCUUUCACUGUGGUCGACUCUUAAGUGUCUCCGUACAACGCAAGCUACACCGCAGAUCUGA